AUGGGCGGCCCCGGCCCGUAUGCGCAAGCUUGUCAUGGAGCCUGUUGGGCCAGGCCGGGGCCUGAUCCGCUGGAAGCCAGAGAGGCUAGGCUGGGGCCGGCCAGCCGCUCACAUCUUCUCAAGCUGCCGUUACGCAUCAACUGCCCUGCCUCUCAUCGCCUCGCUCGCCCGUCAACCAUUUACCCGACCGCCCACGCACCUUCGUCUCGCACCAUGGCCUCGACCCACUCCACCGCCGUCGACGGCGGCGACGGCGCAGGCAGCCUCAAGCAGCGUCACUCGACCGCCGGUUCGGCGCCUUCCGCAGGUCCCUCGUCGUCGCCUGCUCCCGCCAAGCCAAAGAACGGCGUCACAGCCGUCAUCCGCGAGCUGGCUCCUAGCCUGGCCAUCUUCUCGUACCCUUUUAGCAGGUUCGGCAUCUUCCCCGUCGGCGGCAGGAGCACCGCCGUCAAGCUCAACGAUGGCAAGGUCUGGGUGCUCGCCUCAACCCCGCUCGACGAGCCCACAAAGGCCAAGAUCGAGAGCAUGGGCGACGUCGCCUACCUCGUCGCGCCCGACGCCGUGCACCACCUCUUCCUCUCCCAGUACGCCUCGGCCUACCCUUCGGCCAAGGUCAUCGGCGUCGAGGGCCUCGAGGAGAAGCGCAAGGACGUCAAAUUCGACGGCAUCUACGGCAGGGACCCUCCCGAGACCAAGUACGGCUUCGAGAGCGAGAUCCAGGCGCGCUACUUCCCCACCUUUGCCAACAAGGACGUCAUCUUCAACCACGUCGAGACGCGCACCCUCAUUACCGCCGACCUGCUCUUCAACCUGCCCGCCCACGAGCAGUACCGCAACACGGCCAAGGGCGCGCCCUCGAGCCCCAUCCCCUUUCUCAACUCGCUGUCGAACUACUUCACCCCAGACAGCUCGUUCCACAAGACCUUCCUCGGCUUCGCCGGCGUCGGCGGCACCAUCCCGCACAUGCCCAAGGGAGGCUCCAAGGACGAGAGGAGGAAGAGGUUCGCCCAGGACGCCGCAGAGGUGGCCAAGUGGGACUUUGACAGGAUCGUCAUGUGCCACGGCGACGUGAUCGAAAAGGACGGCAAGAAGGCCUGGCUUUCGGCCUGCGAAAAGUACCUCGAUCCCAGCGGCAACCCCAAGGUCUGA